AUGCCGCGGCGCCUCGAUCCGCGUUACCUGGGUACCGCGUGGCGCCCUCCGCGCUUCAAGAAUGUCUGGAAAUCUGUAGCGCCCGAUAACAGCCCAGCGCAGGAUGUCCCAAAGCCCACGGAAGAGAUCCCUCGCCCGCUGCACCCAACAGCUCCACAACAAGUAGGGGACGCUGGAAAACCUCAGGGGCAUGAUGGCAGCGCGGAGGGGAAUGCACCGAAGACUCAGGUUAGGUUCAAGAAAGGGUGGAUUAAAGAUGGAAAGAUGAUCCCGAAGAAUGCUUCGUUCAAGCAUCUUUGGGGUAUAGGGGAAAGGGGGGACGGAGACUCGGGCGGUGCGAAGCCGUCAGAGAAGCUGUCGAACAAGGUUACGGAUAGGAGCAAGGCACGAGAGGAAUACGUGCGGUCUAGGGGGACUAUCGGGCCGCGUUUAAGAGCUCGGAGCGCCGCGCGGAUAAGACCAUCUUCGCGUGCAUCUACAAGUGAAGGGGCGAGCACGGCUCCAGUCAGGACUGAACAGCUGCCUUUGACGGCUUGGGGCAUUAGCAAGAGCAUAUCAGCACUGCCUUCAAGCAAGUCUCAAGAGACAGCCACAACUCCUAUAGCGAACGACCGGUCGCCUAUAGGGGUUUCGGCCAAUACUAGAAGAACUUCAAUUGUACACGCAAAUGAGAAGAAAGGGUCAGAGGUAUCAUCUGGCCGGGCUGAGCAAUCCUCUCCAAGGACUCUGCGCAUCAACAAGAGAAUCCCAUCUACGCGCGCGAACAAGCCUGGGAAGACAGCGGCGACCCCCGGAGAGGCCGACCAGCUGCCUAGAGGCGCUUGGGGUAUUGCUAAGGCGAAUCCAGUCCCAUCUUCAGCUGACCGGACAACGACCAAUUCCCACGCGGUUAGGAGGUUGAUCCUCUCAGGUCAGAGCAUUAACGAGGCCGAACCGAGUCACAGCUCACUUAUGCUGGAAGAAUCUGAUUCUUUAGGAGAGUCGACUUUCGAACUAGAGACCGAUGUCACCAAGAUUAGUCCCGCGAAGCCCGAGGCUGCCCAGCCGAGCACUGUCCAGCCAAAGACUACUCAGCCAGAGUCAAUGCAAGAAGAGUCUCAUCAGCCACGAAAAAGUCGGGCAGGUUCCAUUCGUCCCAAAUCAGCUCAGCCGAAAUCUAUCCAGUUCAAGGUAUCCCGUUCGGAGGCUGUCCACUCGGAGAACACUCAGGGACAGUCCACUCAGCUGAAGGCUACUGAGUCAGCGUUACCCAAACGAGCGUUUUCCCGGGCUUUGUCCCCUCAACCGGAGUCUCUCAAAGUAACCCCCUCUCAGGCUACGGUCUCUCAAUCGGAGAAGCCUCGGACGAGGUCUACUAGAGCCAUACUCCCCAAGACAAGGUCUGCUCAGGCAACGACCGCCCGGACAAGGGCCACUCAAACAGGGCCAACUCAGGCAGAAUCUACUCAGCUUGUUAAUCUUCAGUCUACAUUCGUCAAACUGGAGAACACUCAAUCACCGUCUGUAGAGCCUCCGCCCGUCCAGCCAAACUCUGCGCAAGAAACAUAUUCUCUCCUACAGGAGCUAUUCCCCGAGGAAGCCAGGAAGCAGCAACCCGCACCUCCACCCGACGAACACAGAAUCAUCCCACGCCUAGUACUCGAUCCCCACGACACCGACGCCCCAGAGCCACCUAAGCAGAAAUCAGCGCGGCAGCGCAUGAUCGAAGCACUGAAGGCGGGCCGAGAAUCACGCUGGACCGUGCUCGUCCUGCGCGGCGCAAGUAAGUCGCUCGCGGAGGCCGAUUUCCGGCGUAUGAUACCGAAGGGCAAGCAUAUCGAGGAAUGGGCCGGGGAGGGCGACAUCCUGAAAGUAAUCCCCCACCGCGACCCCGACACCCUCGAGCGCACAGACCGCUACACGCUCCUCUUCUCCACCCCGGCCUCCGCGCACGCCUUCCAAGAACACGUCGCCUACGCGCACCGGCUGUCCAAAACGCACGUCCCAACCUCUCUCUUCUCGCCCAUCCCGCCUCCCCCCGGCUACUCCCCCGACGGCCAGGACAUGCACGCGCUGCUGCAGUCCUUCGCGCUCGUGCCGCCCUCGCAGACCCUCGACCUGCGCAUGAUUCCCGAGCCGUACCCCGCGCCGCUGCGCCGGCUGAUCGAGGACGGCGGCGUCGAUCGCACGCUGCCCUGGGCGGACGGCCAGGAGCAUAGGGUGCUGCUGCAUUGUGAGGGCACGAGUAAUGCGCCCACCACGCAGGCGAUACGCGGGCUCAUUGCCGCGGAUUUGAAGGAGAGGGGCGUGGGGUGGGCGCUCAAGGGGCCGAAUGGGGGGGUUGUGAAGGUGGAGAGGCCAAGGAGGGGUGGGAGGGACGCGGCGGGUGGACGCGAUGAGGGGCGGGCGAAGGACGCGCUGAGUGUGCUCGAGGAGGGUAGGGAGAAGGAGGAGCAGACGCUGGAGACCACCCGGCCUCAAUACGUGGCGAGUAGGUGGCUUGUUUCUUUCGAGACGGAGACGGAGGCGAAGCGGUUCGCGAGGACGUGGCAUCGGAGGCCGCUGCCGGGGCUCAAGGGCUUCUACGGAUUCGGGGAGCCUCCGCCUUUAGCGAUGGCGGAGCAUGUCUGGUGA